CUUCCCAGCCGGCAGCCCGGUCGUUGCAGGGGCCGGGUCGGGACGCGGAGCCGCUCCUUGCCGCUCCUGGUACCUCCCCGGGCCGAUACCGACUCCGGCGGGGCCCGGCGGCUGCCGUCGGGGCUGUCACCGCCGCGCCAGCGCGGAGCUCGGUGGGGCUUCGGCGAUCGCGGCGAGCGGGCGGCGGCGCAGCGCGGAGGCUGCGGGAGAUGGUUUAGCGGCAGCGGGGAGCGCCUUCCCCGGCCGGCGGGGAGGGGCGAGGACCGAGGACCGGCCGCAUCGUCCCCGUGUGGGAGCCGCCGGGGCCCCCUCCCCCGAGGCACCGACCCCCUCGUAGCACCGGCCUCCCCCGUCUCCCGUUCGGGCUCGCUUAGCAAACCUGAAGCCGCCUUUAGCCAGCCGGGAGCGUUGCGUGUCCACGAUGCUGGCUCCGCAGCGGGGAGCGAUGGGAAAUCCACUGCAGUAUUAAUCCAAGGAGGUGCUUUGGGGACAGUUGGCAGUACAAUGGCUUCUCAGUACCUCAUAGUGGCUCUGGCCAUUUUCUGCUCUUUUACCCAGGUUGUAAUAGAAGCCAGCUCUUGGUGGUCUUUAGGGAUGAACCCUAUGAACCCCAUGAACCCUGUUCAGAUGUCAGAGGUAUAUAUAAUAGGAGCCCAGCCACUAUGUAGCCAGCUAGCAGGGCUUUCCCAAGGACAGAAGAAACUCUGCCAAUUGUAUCAGGACCAUAUGCAGUUCAUUGGAGAGGGUGCCAAGACGGGCAUUAAGGAGUGCCAGUAUCAGUUCAGACAUAGAAGAUGGAAUUGCAGCACUGUGGACAACAACUCUGUUUUUGGCAGAGUCAUGCAGAUAGGCAGCCGGGAGACGGCAUUCACCUACGCAGUGAGCGCGGCCGGGGUGGUCAACGCCAUGAGCCGGGCCUGCCGGGAGGGCGAGCUGUCCUCCUGCGGCUGCAGCCGGGCAGCGCGGCCCAAGGACUUGCCCCGGGACUGGCUUUGGGGUGGCUGCGGGGAUAACAUCGAAUAUGGAUACCGCUUCGCCAAGGAGUUUGUUGACGCUCGGGAGCGUGAGAGAGUUUACCAGAGAGGCUCCUACGAGAGCGCCCGCAUCAUGAUGAACCUGCACAACAACGAGGCCGGGAGAAGAACUGUGUACAACCUGGCUGAUGUGGCCUGUAAGUGCCACGGUGUCUCUGGUUCCUGCAGCCUGAAGACCUGUUGGCUGCAGCUUGCUGAUUUCCGCAAGGUAGGCGAUGCCCUGAAGGAGAAAUACGAUAGCGCUGCCGCCAUGAAACUCAACAGCCGGGGCAAGCUGGUGCAAGUGAACAGCCGCUUUAACGCACCCACCAUCCAUGACCUGGUCUACAUCGAUCCCAGCCCUGACUACUGCGUGCGCAACGAGAGCACUGGGUCCCUGGGCACCCAGGGCCGCCUUUGCAAUAAGACCUCGGAGGGCAUGGACGGCUGUGAACUCAUGUGCUGUGGCCGGGGGUACGACCAGUUCAAGACGGUGCAGCGAGAGCGCUGCCACUGCAAGUUCCACUGGUGCUGCUACGUGAAAUGCAAGUUGUGCACAGAGAUUGUGGACCAAUUUGUGUGCAAAUAGGGGACGGACGAGUUGAGAGGAACUGCAGCCACCUGCCAGCAAGGGGUGCGGGCCCCUCUCCCUUCCCACAGGACUAUCUCCACUUUAUUUAUAGAGUCCAACAAGUUGUCGUCUUCUUUUUUUUUUUUUUUUUUUUUUUAAAAAAAAGGGGGGGGUGGCGGGGGGAAGGAAAAAAGAAAGAAAAAAGAAAAAUAUGACGGUUGCAAAGAGAAGUGCCUGGAAACCCUCUCUGCGUCCAUCCCAGAACUGUGUGCGGCUUAUAUUUUCGGCAAUAAUGGGGGAGAACCUGAGAAUAUUUAUUUUACAAAGUUAAAAAAAAUUGACUUUUCUUAAAAACAAUAGAGUAGUCUAAGGGUAAAUUCCAACAUAUCCUAAUUUAGUCCCAUGGGACGUAAUACAUGUGCAGUAGGCAGAGCAACCAUGUAAUGUGCUUGGGAUGUUAGAACAAUCCUUACGGAUGCGAGGAACACAGACCUGUCCAUGACUUUUAGUUUCAGAUGCUAGAAGUUAUCAGAAUAAGGUAUAUAAAGCUGUUCAGUACAUUUAGGGCUCUGUAAGUAAGGGGUAUAUCCAUCAUGAGGUGUGGUGUCAGUUGCAGAUCUGAAUGUGCCCGCUUUAGGUACGCAAUGUCAUCAGAGGGUGAAGAGCAAAGGAUCGUAAAGGCUUCAGCUGUGCUAUUCCUGAAUCGCCGUGUCUGGUUCCAGAACCUAACAAGACCAAAAAAAAAAAAAAAAAAAAUUCUGCCUUGACAAAUAAUAAAGAGAUACUUCAAGGCUGAAUUUGGCCUUCUUAGCUAAUCAUGACGUUUGAGUGUCUCAUCUUGCAGAGCAGCACUUCGCCGCUGCCGAGUGUGGGGAGCGGCUGCGGUGCAGGCAGUGUGGAGCGCUGUAGCCAGGCAGAGGAGAGCUGCGAUGCUUGCAAACGGGUUUGGUCUCCCAGCCUGGAAAGCCCAUAGAAAAUAGAAUUCCCCAGAUUUGAAAAUGCCUCAAAAAUGGUGUAAUAGCUGGCUGUCUUUCAAAACACAGCUUGACAAAUAACUCUUCUAAUUUUAUGUGAGAAAAUAAAUCAUUAGAUAUCCACUCUUGGAAUGAUUGAUUUUUAUUUUUUUCGCAGAUUUUGGGAAUGCUUUCACUGAAGGAGACAAUAGUUUCAUAUUUUAAUAACAUUAACUGACUAUUGUAGUUCAACAAAAUGUUGCAGCAAUACCAAAUUUAUCAUCCUAUGUCUUUAAUACACAUGCUUUAGAUAAUAUAUUGCAGAUAUACACUACAACUGUUCAGACUAUACUUGGGCAGUUACAUAUAUAUGGGAGAACUGUGGUCUGCUGGUGUCUUGAUAUUUCAAAGCUUUUUGUACAUAUAUAUUUUAAUGAUCUAAGUAAUAAUAAACCAUCUAAAUUGCAGGGGCAGUUCACCCCCCAUUUUCUUUUUCAGAUCUCUUCAGGUUUUUAGAUUGAUUCUAACCUUUUGGUGGUUUUGUUUUGGGGUUUGUUUUUUUUUUUGUUAUUAUUUUUUAAAAGCUUUUAUCAUUCAGAAGUUUUAAGAGUAAUCACAAAGAAGUAAGCCUCUUCCCAUCUUUAAGACUUUCUUGGGCGGUUGGUAGAGGCAGCACCCUGCACUUGAAUUGAUACCAGUCUGGAGGUUGCAUGUAUUCCACUCUCACGUUAAGGGCAUUACUGAUUUUUGCUGAAAGGAGACCCCUUCCAACUCCAAAAUGUGCUGCGUGUGGCCCUUGCUUUUCAGGUUUUGAAAUGGAAAUUGUUAUUUGUUGAACAAUACGCGUUCCCCCCAGCGCUGUGUAGUUACACAGGAUUUCAUCAUUGGUUCAGAUGCCUCUUUCCAACUCGGUCCCAUCCAACAAGGUAAAGUGUUUUGCAAGUACCAAGUGAGGAAAAUCUUUCACUUUAGCCUAGUUGUACUAAAGCCUUGACUUUUCACGAGCCUUUAAGCUGUAUCAUUAAGUUCAUCUUGGUCAUUUAUCAGCUUCUUAAAUGGCGCUUUAUUGCUCUUAAUUUAUUGUACAAGGACAUAUUUACCCCUCAUCUUCAGAUGUUUGCAAAGAAUAUCUUUAAAGUAAGAUAAAUAAAUAAAGCACUAAUUCAUUGAAUAUGUCACUUUGGUUUUUAUUGUACAAAAACCAUGAUCUUUUUUUUUUUUUUUUCCAGUUGCUGAAUCACCUCAUGUUCCUUUCUAGUGACCUUUGUCUCAGCAGAACUGAGUCUCAUGAUCCUAGCUAUAAAAACACUAUUUAAUGUAAAAUAUUUUACUUGUCAUUCAGAUAUGUAAAUCUUCUAUGUCCUUUCCUCUGUUCUGUACAUUUAAUGUACAUAUUUCUGUCUUGCGUGAUUUGUAUAUUUCACUGUUGGUUUUUUUUUUUUUUAAAAAAAAAAAGAAAGGAUUAUGCCAUAAUGGAAGAUAGACUAUAAAAAUAAAACUUUGGUUGUA